CUAUUCACCUUCAUAUAGAAAAGGGUCCUUCAUUUUAAAAUCUUCUUUGGGGUCGUGAAAUCCAUCAUCAGCAGUCAUGUUCGUGAUCGGGUCUCAGAGCUUCAGGCAGAAGAUGCUGGUGAUCUUAGGAAAGCUCAUUCGAACCAAAGACUUAGAACUCGCAGACCCUCACGAAGCAAAAGCAAAAACACAGCUCAAAAAAGUGCUGACGACCGUCGAUCUAACCUCUCUUGGCGUCGGAAGCUGUGUGGGUACUGGGAUGUACCUGGUGGCCGGCAUGGUAGCACAUAAAGUAACUGGCCCAUCUGUAGUGAUGUCCUUCAUAAUAGCCGCAGUAGCAUCUUUGUUUUCAGGUGUUUGUUAUGCCGAAUUCGGUGUGCGAGUUCCUCACACGACAGGAUCUGCCUACAUGUACAGCUACGUCACAGUAGGGGAGUUUAUUGCCUUUGUGAUUGGUUGGAAUAUGGUCCUAGAAUAUCUAAUAGGCACGGCGGCAGGUGCAUGUGCGAUCAGCGCCUGCGUUGACGCCAUAUCCGGAGGAGCUAUAAGCACUGCCAUUAGAAACGGAGUUGGAACAUUAGUAGGUCACACGCCCGACUUCUUAGCAGUCCUCAUCACGUUCUUCAUGACACUACUCAUGGUGGCAGGAGUGAAGAAAUCCUUACUUUUCACAAACAUCAUGAAUGCGGUCAACUUUUCGGUUUGGAUAUUCAUCAUGACAGCCGGACUCUUCUAUGUCGACACGAGCAACUGGAGUGACCACGGAGGAUUUCUACCAUUUGGUUGGUCAGGAGUUCUAUCUGGUGCGGCGACGUGCUUCUAUGCUUUCAUUGGUUUCGACAUCAUUGCCACGACAGGGGAGGAGGCGAAGAACCCCAAAUGGUCCAUCCCCAUGGCUGUCAUCAUUAGCUUAGUCAUCGUGCUCACGGCAUACAUCACAUCCAGCAUGAUGCUCACCCUCAUUGUGCCCUACGACCAGAUCGACUUCUCGUCAGCCCUCGUCGAAAUGUUUGCUCAGAGAGGAGCUUACAAAUGUAAAUACAUAGUCGCCGUCGGAGCUCUUGCCGGUCUCACGGUCAGCAUGUUUGGAUCCAUGUUCCCCAUGCCCAGGAUAGUCUACGCGAUGGCCAAAGACGGACUCAUUUUCAGAUCCUUAGGUGCAGUGUGGCCUUUCACUGGGACGCCAGCCAAAGCAACUUGCUUGCUUGGUAUAGCAACUGCUGUUGUCUCUCUUGUUAUGAGCCUUGACGUGUUAGUAGAAAUGAUGUCUAUAGGUACUUUAAUGGCUUACACCCUGGUAUCAACUUGCGUUCUUUUAUUGCGAUACCAACCUCCCAGGACAACCCUAGUGCAACUCCUACCCGAAUCUAUCCGUUCCGCUUGUCCGACACCCUCUAAAGAAAACCCUGCUCCCGUAUUCCCCGCCACUACAACCACCACUAUCCACACUAAGCGGACGAAUCGCUAUGAUUCCUCUGACAGCGACGAAAGUCCGCGAGGAGAACUCGGUUUCGAGAACCAGCGUCCCGACUUAAUUCGGGAUACCAACCACCGGGACGACGAUCUCCUCAUGAGAGGGGCAGACACGAGUUAUGGGGCUGUACCUCCGCCCCAGCCAUCGCAACCGCCUCCUCUUGCUUCGGCCUUCACUAUUCCUCAAAGGAUUAUGGGUCGGCUGAUGCGCAUCCUCCCCUACCACUGGAUCAACCCCGGCGAAGCUUCGGGAGCUACGGGUAUCUUUGUGAUGAAGAUGGUGGGGGUGCUUUAUUUGCUUGUUAUUAUCAUGGAUCUCAUCGUGGUUUGCGCCAUGCCUGCGCUCGAAAAUCGCAGCGGGGCAGCCAUCUUCUUCCUGCUCGUCUUCCUGUUCGGCAUUAUCUUUUGUUUGAUUGUCAUCUCUCGGCAACCCCAAACGAAAUGCGACUUGAAAUUCAAAGCUCCUUGUGUUCCUUUCAUUCCUGGCAUAGCCAUAACAGUGAACAUCUACCUUAUUUUCAAGCUUUCUGUCCUCACACUGGUGCGAUUUUUACUAUGGAUGAGCGUAGGCCUUUUCAUGUAUUUCUGGUACGGCAUCAAGAACAGCUCACUUGAAAUGGAAACAGACAAACCCUUGGAACUAAAAAUACCCCAAGAUCGCGCGGACAACCUCUGUCCACCAGACAACCAGUACAUGAUGGCCGGUGCCGGGACCGGUGAAGUCGUUGAAGAAGUCGGUUAUGCCGAAACUUAUGCUGCUCCAACCCACAAUGGCUAUGUCGCCCAGCCGGAUCCUUUAGCGGCUGAUCCCUGGUCACAACCAGAUCCUUUGGCUGAGAACCCCUGGUCGAAAUAUAACUAG